AUGGCUGCGCGAUUGUCCAUCACUGCUCGCAGUAGACUCCUACGAGCUCCUAAUCUAGCUUCAGCCCGUUUACUUACUCCAAUUGCUCGUUCGACACUCCUCCCCCGUGCCUCGUCUGUUCUCCUCCCAGUUGCCAGCGUCACCCCAAUCUCGGUUCGCCACUAUGCAAAGGGACGCCCACACCCUCCAGGCGGUACCCAUCGCAUGGACAUGAGUGGAGGCGAGGAGAAGUCCGCUCUCGAACAAUAUGGUGUUGACCUUACAGACAAGGCAAAAGCUGGCAAGCUAGACCCAGUAAUUGGACGAGACUCAGAGAUUCAUCGAACGAUCCAGAUUCUAUCCAGACGAACCAAGAACAACCCAGUACUCAUUGGUGCUGCUGGUACUGGUAAAACUGCCGUUCUUGAAGGCCUGGCCCAGCGGAUUGUGCAAGGAGAUGUCCCGGAAAGCAUCAAGAACAAACGGGUCGUCUCGCUGGACCUUGGCUCGUUGAUUGCGGGUGCCAAAUUCCGUGGUGACUUCGAAGAGCGCCUCAAAUCCGUACUCAAGGAAGUAGAGGACGCCCACGGAGGUGUUAUCCUCUUCAUUGACGAGCUUCAUACUUUGCUGGGUUUGGGCAAGGCUGAAGGCAGCAUUGAUGCUAGCAACUUGCUCAAACCUGCACUCUCACGAGGCGAGCUUCAAUGCUGCGGUGCCACCACCCUUAAUGAAUAUCGAUUGAUCGAAAAGGACGUGGCUCUCGCUCGACGAUUCCAGCCCAUCUUAGUAGGUGAACCGUCAGUUCCCUCAACUAUCUCCAUUCUGCGUGGUAUCAAGAAUAAAUAUGAAGUACACCACGGUGUCAGAAUCACAGAUGGUGCUUUAGUUGCUGCCGCCACUUACAGCAACCGCUAUAUAACCGAUCGAUACUUGCCUGACAAAGCAAUUGACCUCGUUGAUGAGGCUGCAUCAGCACUGCGACUGCAGCAAGAGUCGAAGCCAGAUUCCAUCCGGGAGCUGGAGCGUGACAUAACCACCAUCCAAAUUGAGCUCGAGUCUCUUCGUAAGGAAACCGAUGUUAGUAGUCGCGAACGACGAGACAAGCUCCAGGAAGACCUCAAGACAAAGCAAGCGGAGGUCGGUGAAUUGACAGAAGCCUGGGAGAAGGAGAAAGCUGAAAUCGACACCAUCAAACGUACCAAGGAAGAACUGGAACGUGCUCGAUUCGAACUCGAACAAGCUCAGCGUGAAGGAAACUUCGCCAAGGCCGGAGAGCUGAGAUACUCCACCAUCCCCGAGCUCGAGGGCAAGCUACCCAAAGAAGGCGCUGAGCAAGAUGCUAGGCAACAAACUUUGAUCCAUGACUCCGUUACUGCGGAUGACAUUGGCAACGUUGUCUCUCGGACUACCGGCAUUCCUGUCAGCAAGCUCAUGGCUGGAGAAGUAGAGAAACUGAUUCAUAUGGAGGAUACUCUCCGAAAGUCAGUUCGUGGACAAGACGAAGCUCUUUCGGCAGUCGCAAAUGCUGUUCGGAUGCAACGAGCUGGUCUCAGCGGCGAGAAUCGUCCCCUGGCAUCUUUCAUGUUCCUUGGUCCUACCGGUGUUGGAAAAACGGAACUUUGCAAGAAGAUGGCCGAGUUCCUCUUUUCCACUGAAACUGCGGUUGUGCGAUUCGACAUGAGUGAAUUCCAAGAGAAGCACACAAUCAGUCGCCUUAUCGGUUCUCCUGCUGGAUAUGUUGGCUAUGACGAUGCUGGACAGCUUACCGAGGCCGUCAGACGCAAACCUUACGCUGUUUUGCUAUUCGAUGAAUUCGAAAAGGCGCAUCGGGAUAUCUCUGCUUUAUUGCUACAGGUCCUUGAUGAGGGGUUCCUGACUGAUGCCCAGGGCCACAAGAUCGAUUUCAAAAAUACCCUGAUCGUUCUGACCUCAAACCUUGGUGCCGAUAUUUUGGUUGGAGCAGACCCCAUCCACUCGCGCAAGGAAUUCGGUGACGCAGAGCUGUCUCCCGACAUCAAAGCCGCAGUCAUGGAUGUCGUCCAAAGAGCUUAUGCACCUGAAUUCCUGAACCGUAUCGACGAGUUCAUUAUCUUCAAGCGCUUGUCGCGGGAGGCUCUGCGUGACAUUGUCGAUAUCCGUCUCAAGGAGCUGCAGGCCAGACUUGAUGACCGCCGCAUGACCCUCCAGGUUGACAAUGAGAUCAAGGACUGGCUCUGCGCGAGAGGCUACGACCCUAGAUUUGGUGCUCGCCCUUUGAACCGUCUGAUCUCCAAGGAGAUUGGAAACCGGCUGGCUGAUAAGAUCAUCCGCGGUGAAAUUGUCUCUGGACAAACUGCUCGCGUUUCUCUUGAUGAGACCAAGUCUGGACUUGUGGUCACCACCCAGGAGGAAUGA